AUGCUACAUACGUAUUCUACGUUAUAAGAUCGUUGAAAGGAUAGUUGAUACGAUCAAUUGGUGGAUCCUCUUGGCUAUUCCCGUGUCAAAUACUCGUAUUGUAAAAGAUUCGCGCAAAAGAUCGAUUUGCUGGUAAACAUAACUUGGUGCAACACGCGCGAAUCUUCAAUGCAUCGUAAACGAAUUGUCGACGAUCCCUGUUCUUCUAAGACAGAUGCUUACCUGCGGACACGAAACUAAGACACAAAAUAAUGACGUGGAUCAUCGGCGAUCAUCGCGAAACGUUCUUUGUUCGCAGCUCUGGAUUUGUAGAGAAAUAUGUCGGCACAAGGCGCAGAACUUUCAAAUCGUUUCGUGACUCGAGAUGUCGAAACCAUGUUAGACGAGACACAGAACAAUCGUACGGAUAUAUUGGAAUGCCUAUCAGUUCUAAUUAACGAGAACAGUUCUGGAAAUGAUCAAACGGAAGAGUUAACGUUGGACGAACAACUAUUGCCCGAUGGAACACAAGCAUUUGUUGCCAAUAAUUUCAACGACGAUGAGGUGGAUUUGAAAGGACAAACAACGUUAGAAUUGGAAAAUGGAGAUACUAUAUUGUUGCGAGACAUCGCGGAAUUUACCGAAGGCAAGCCGCUCCAAGUGGAAUUAGAUCCAGCAACGUUGGUUCAAGCUCGUGGUACCACUAUAGAAAACGUUGAAAAUACUUAUCCGCACGUGGAGUUCAUCGAUGGUAACGCUUAUAUGGUGACCGGGCACCUUGACGUCGGCAAAGAGUUGUGGGAAAUUGAGAGUGGUAAAUCGAAGAAGAAGGAUUCCAAGAUUUUAUUAAGCAAACUGCCGGCAUCGAGAAUCAGGCAUCCUUGCCCAAGGGAGGGUUGCACAAAGGUUUACAGUACACCCCAUCAUCUGAAGGUUCACGAACGAUCUCACACUGGUCAACGACCGUACAGAUGCACGCAUCCAAAAUGUAAGAAGAGCUUCUCGACAGGAUACAGUUUAAAAGCGCAUCUGCGUACGCACACCGGAGAGAAGCCGUACAAAUGCCCAAACGAAACAUGCGACAAAAGUUUCAAGACUUCCGGAGAUUUACUAAAACACGUACGAACGCAUACCGGAGAACGGCCGUUCUUGUGUCCGUUCGACGGUUGUGGUCGUUCCUUUACUACGAGUAAUAUUAGAAAGGUUCACGUGAGAACGCACACCGGUGAACGUCCGUACAAAUGUACACAACCAAAAUGUGGCAAAGCUUUUGCCAGUGCUACAAAUUAUAAGAAUCAUAUACGAAUUCACUCAGGCGAGAAACCUUACGUCUGUUCUAUCGAAAAUUGUGGAAGACGAUUCACCGAAUAUUCUAGUCUUUACAAACAUCAUCUUGUUCACACGCAACAACGUCCGUUCGAAUGUAAAGUUUGCUUCAGGAGAUAUAGACAAAGUAGUACCCUUGUUAUGCACAAAAGAACCGCACACGCGUUAGUCGAUAACGAGGACGACGACGACGACGACGACAACGACGACGACGACGACAACGACGACGACGACAGCAGCAGCGUCGACGUUCUUUGCCAAGAAUCUAUUCAAGAAUCUUCUAGUCGGGGCAAAGAUAAGCGUAGUAGGUCGAACGUUAUACGAGAAAAUGGUAGUAGUCCAUCGUUAAAGAUCACAGAAAAAGAUGGACAGAUUCAGAUUUCUAAAGCGAUCGAUGAUUUAAACGAUAACGAAACGCAGAUUUUAUUGGUCGGCGACCCUUCGCAAAUUGCAGCGUUACAGAAGAUCGAACUAAACAGUGGAUUCGACGACGAACCUGGAAUCGAUACUUCGUUCGAAGAACUGAACAUAAAGAUCGAAGACAUAGAACUUGGAUGGAAUUAAUACGGCACGAAGGAGUGGAAGGGGGGGAUGGUGAAUCGAUCGCGAACUAAAGGUAACUUUAGCCUAUCGAAGAAGAAGAAGAAGAAGAAGAAGAAGCGUUCUAUUUAUAGGUGCGAAGAAACAGUAUCGUUUAUCCGUUAUUUAGUACGUGUACAAGAAUGUAUUCGGAAUAAUGUCUCGCCGCACGUCAUUGCCAGC